UAGCUUAUCUACACUGUGAAAAUACUCCCAUUAAUUCAAACCCCUCCUGUACACAUUUUAUUCAGGUUGCAGCCUGCUGGUGUAAAAAAUGAAUGAAUGAAAGGUUUUUGAAUGUAGCUAAAAACACCAGAUCUUACUACGUGCACCUCGAUGUUGUUCAUACAUUUGCAAAGUCUCCAGUUGGCUGUAUCGUGGCUUCCGGUAAACCGAGGGUUAAAGAUCUGUGCGGCUUGGUGGGACCUCGUCUGAGUGUGUGGCUGCACGGUGAGGAACCUUCCCCGCUGUCAUCAGCUGACGUUUGGGAACCUGCACAAUCUCUCUGCCCUGUCGGUGUGCAGCAGCAGCAGCUCCUGAAGGCUGCAGCAGAAUCUCCACGCAGACUUCUCACAGCUCGGCAACACGCUCGCUGCAUAAGAUGAUGGAGAGAGGCUGUCACGUCAACAUCGCGAUGACAGACGACGUCGGCACCAACGGGGCGGCCGGGUCAAAGGUCGUGGCGGCCGCGGACCAGAAGCAGCAGCAGCAGCGCGGCUCCACCGUGAGCUUCCACAGCAUCCAGUACAAGGUUCCGCAGAGGAGCGGCUUCUUGUGCAAAAGGAAAAGCGGCCACAGGGGAAUACUGUUCGACCUCAAUGGGAUUAUGAGACCGGGCCUCAACGCUAUUCUCGGACCUACUGGAAGCGGAAAGUCUUCAUUCUUGGACAUUCUGGCUGCAAGAAAGGAUCCUUCAGGUCUCCUGGGAGAAGUACUCAUUGACAAAGCACCACAGCCUCCCAACUUCAAGUGCCUCUCUGGCUACGUGGUUCAGGAGGACGUGGUCAUGGGCACGCUGACAGUGAGGGAGAAUCUUCGUUUUUCCGCGGCACUGCGCCUCUCCAGCUCCGUGCACCAGAGCGAGAAGGAGGCCCGAGUCAACCAUCUCAUUGAAGAACUGGGCCUCGCCAAAGUGGCCGACUCCAAGGUGGGCACACAGAUGACGAGGGGGAUCUCGGGAGGAGAGAGGAAGAGGACGAACAUCGGCAUGGAGCUGAUCAUUGAUCCCUCGGUUCUCUUUCUGGAUGAGCCGACCACCGGACUGGACGCCAGCACCGCUAACUCUGUCCUGCUGCUGCUGAAGAGAAUGGCCAGCGACGGGAGAACCAUAAUCAUGUCCAUCCACCAACCCCGAUACUCCAUCUACCGACUGUUUGACACUCUGACUCUGCUGGUCGGUGGUAAGAUGGUUUACCACGGACCGGCGCCAAACGCUUUGGACUACUUCACCGACAUUGGUUACCUCUGUGAGCCCCACAACAACCCGGCCGACUUCUUUCUGGAUGUUAUAAAUGGAGACUCCACCGCCACGACCAAAGCCCGUGGCUCUGAAGAUUUGGACUUUGAGGAGCUCAUCAGUUCCAGGCAGAGCAUCCAGGAGAGCCUGGUGGAGGAGUACAGGAACAGCAGCUACUCCAGCGACACGAGAGCCGAGCUGGAGCGCAUCGUCCAGGAGAGGAAGUGCUUCUCGUACUCGCCGGCUCACGCCAUCACCUACAACAGCUCCUUCUGCCACCAGCUACGCUGGGUUCUCAAGAGAACCUUCCAGAACCUCAUGCUGACCCCACAGACGUCUGUGGCCCAGCUGGGGGUCAACAUUUUCCUCGCCCUCGUUGUUGGAGCUAUUUUCUUCGGGGUCAAAGAGGAUCAGAGUGGGAUGCAGAACAGGAUGGGGGUCCUCUUCUUCAUCACAAUCAACCAGUGUUUCAGCACCGUGUCUGCAGCGGAGCUCUUCAUCAUGGAGAGGAAGCUGUUUGUGCACGAGUACAUCAGUGGCUACUACCGAGUGUCCGUCUACUUCCUCUCUAAGAUCUUGGCGGACAUCGCUCUGCGCACCAUCACCUCUGUUAUCUUCAGCAGCAUUGUCUACUUCAUGAUUGGGCUCAAAUCCACAGCUGCUUCCUUCGCCAUCUUCACGCUGACCGUAACCCUGGUGGCUUACACAGCCACAGCGUUGACCAUGGCCAUUUCGGCUGACCAGAGCAUCGUGGCGCUCGCCAACAUCUACAUGACUAUCACCUUUGUUUUUAUGAUGAUCUUCUCGGGUCUCCUGGUGAACUUACCCAGCAUGAAGGCCUGGCUGGCCUGGCUGCGGUACUUUAGCAUUCCUCGCUACGGCUUCGCAGCCUUGCAGAUCAGUGAGUUUGUGGGUUUGACGUUUUGUGACGAGGCUCUGAUCCAAAACACCAACAUGUCCCCUGCUGGGACGAACCGCAGUGUGAGCACAGUCGGCCCGACGUGUACGGGGGAGCAGUAUCUGGACUACUUGGGAAUAGAGCACACCACCUGGGGACUGUGGGGAAACCAUGUGGCUCUGACCAUUAUGAUGCUCAUAUUACUCAUCAUUGCCUAUCUGAAACUCCGCUACAUCAAGAAAUUUACUUAAACGCGUCAUUAUGCAUCUUUUUUUUUUGUCUUCAUUGAACCAGGACAAUAGCUGCUCACCAGGUACUUCCCCUCCCAAAAUAAUAGUACGCCAUUAUCGAGUUAUUAGCACAGAGUUAGAUGAGACCGCUGAAAAAACUCUAAAUAUGGGAGUAUUGAUCUUCUACUUCCUCGAGUGUGUCCAUGGUUUGCGCUUAUAUAUAUUGUGACUGUCUUAAAACUGUGAGGAGCACUCUCUCGUGUGACAGCGGUCACAUUGGCCAUGACGAGGGAUGUUUACGCACAUUGAUGAUCAAAAAGCAGCUUUUCGGGCUGGAUAAUGUCCUGACUCCACUCCAAAGGGCUUUCUGUUUGGAGACUGAUUUUAUCGUAUGUGUGAUCACCGUAUCAUCACUGCAAUACCAUUCUGUACAGUUUGUAGCUUUGUCUAUCAACAAUUAAACUGUUUAUCCUGA